AUGGCAGAAGUUGGGAAUGACUGCUAUUUCUUUUUUAAUUCCACAUGCAUAAAGGGUUCCCAGUGCCGAUUCCGACACUGUGAAGAGGCUCUUGGCAGUGUCACUGUGUGCUCAUUAUGGAGAGAGAGAAAAUGUUUAGAUCCGCUCUGCAGAUUUAGACACAUGGAAAUGCAGCAAAACUGCAGCAUUUCAUGCUUCUGGGAAACUCAGCCUCUUGGUUGUGUGAAGAUCAGUUGUAUCUUUUAUCACAGCAAACCUCGAAAUAUCAAUGGAUUAUUUUUGCCACCAAGUAGCAGUAUCACACUGCAGAAGGAAAGCCAGGAGGGAAUUCCACCCCCGACCCAGAGUCAGGAACCUCCGAAACCCCAGGAGAAUAUAUCACGACCUAUUCACCAUCCUUUAGUUGUAAAAACAGACUUUGAGGAAGAAGAGGGGGAAGGAGAUGAGCAAAAUGAUGCUUCUGGUUUAUGGACAAAGACUCCUGAAGAAAUAGAAGAAAAAAGAGCAAUAAAGGAGAUGUGUUAUAAAUCUGGUGAAUACUACAGAUUUCAUACUCUUCCGGAUAUUUCAUCAUCAAAAGGCAUAGUUCCUACAGUGGAAAAAGAGUUAGAAAAGCCUUUGGAAAAUGGCAGUGAAUUGCAAGAAGGGGAUGGUCUUACAGUUCCAACAAAAUUAAGCCUAUUUGAAAGGCAAGGUGAGAUAAAAACAUCAUUGGAUAAGAAACCGAGAACUGACAUUGCUGCUUUUGAAAAUGGAGGAGGUGACUGUUACAUUCCACGGAGGAUCAUAUUUCUUAGAGUAGAUGAAAGUGAAGCUUUAACUGAAGAGAAAGAAAUCACCGAGUCAAAAUGUUCAAAUACUAAAGAUAACAGGGACAGUCCUCAUGCAAAGUGUUCCCUAACUACCCGACUAGUAUCUACAACCCAUGUAUUAAAUGCUACUGAGAAUAUCAGUAUGAAGUGCAGAGAGGACUCUUCUUCAAUGAACAAUGUCCAGCCAGUGAGGAAGCCUCAUUUUAAAGGUGUGAAGAAAAGAAAAUGGAUUUAUGAUGAACCAAAGAACUUUCCUGGUCCUGGAAUGCGGAGAGCAGAACAGGCUUCAAAUCCCCAAAAUAAAGUGAGUUACCAUCGCAAUAAUAAAAACCGAAAUGCUGAAAAUGCAUCCUAUAUCCAUGUUCAGAAAAAUGCUGUCAGGACUGUCUCAUUGAAUGCGCCUUCCCGCAGCAGACCCACAAAUGGGUCCUAUAAUAAUGCUGUUGUAAACAAGGAACCCAAACUCAACCUCUGUCCAGACAAAUAUGCAUCCCCAUCAUAUAAUGCUUCAGCCUGGCGAAAAAGAAUUCCUUUUUCAAAAACAUAUUCAAAAACUGAAAAGAUAUAUACAGAGCCAAGAAGAAAUGGGAGUAAGUAA